AUGUCAGAUAAACCAUUGAUCCAACAAACUUUAGCCAACGAUCUCGGUGCCCUUGUCAUGGAAAUGCCUGCCGCUAACGCCAUUCCCUUUUUAAAGACAUUCUGGAAGGUUCAUUGUCAAGAAUGGCACGGUUUGGAUAGAAUUAGACUCGAUAAAUAUUAUUUGCUUUUACGUCGUGUCAUUUACUUUUCUUUCCAAUUCUUGGCUAGAGAAUCAUGGGAUACUGUCUACCUUGAAGCCUAUACUGAUAUGUUACUUGAAGGUCCUUUGAGUCCUACAGAUAGAAAGAAUCCUGAUGCCAUUAGAUACCAUAUCAUUGAAUUAUAUUUUGAGGAAUUAGAAAAGGUUUUGGAUGAUGUUCGUGCCAGAUUGGAAGAUGAAGAUGAUUUGGAUGUACCUAUGGAAGAACUCAGCAGACCUUUCACCGUGUUGGCCAAAGAAGGUUCUACCAAGGUCUUAAGGACUAAGGCCAAGGAAGCCCUUGCCGCUCAUGAAAUGGAAAUGAAGGCUAUGGCUGAAGAUUCGGGUGAUGAGGAUGAGAAGGCCUUAUUAGAGGAGGACGAUGAUGAAGAGGAAGAGUAA